GGCACUCCUGGGCUUCCAUAUUCACAGGAUCUUAUCUGGCUGCAGCGUGUUUGUCGCUUCUGUGACGCAGUUCUUCCUGGCGCGUGCGGCUCCUCAGUACUUUUCAAAAUCAUCAUGGCAUCUUUAUCAAUGGCCCCUGUCAACAUCUUCAGACACGGAGCUGAUGAGGAGAAAGCUGAAACCGCUCGCCUCUCUUCAUUCAUUGGUGCCAUUGCUAUUGGAGAUCUGGUGAAAAGCACUCUGGGACCCAAAGGAAUGGACAAGAUCUUAUUGGGGGGUGGUAAAGAGGGGAACGUCACAGUCACCAAUGAUGGAGCCACCAUCCUGAAAGCCAUCGGUGUAGACAACCCUGCGGCUAAAGUGCUUGUGGACAUGUCUAAAGUUCAGGAUGAUGAAGUUGGUGAUGGAACGACGUCUGUUACUGUACUGGCCGCAGAACUGCUCAGGGAAGCGGAGCUCCUGAUUGCAAAGAAGAUUCAUCCUCAGAUCAUAAUUGCCGGAUGGAGAAAAGCCACGCAAGCUGCUAGAGAAGCCCUCAAAGCAGCAGCAGUGGAUCACGGGAAUGAGGAGGAUAAGUUCCAGGAGGAUUUGCUGAACAUCGCCCGCACCACUCUGUCAUCUAAACUCCUGACCCAUCAUAAAGAUCACUUUGCUAAACUGGCAGUAGAAGCUGUAAUGAGACUGAAGGGAUCUGGGAAUCUGGAGGCCAUUCAUGUCAUCAAGAAACUGGGAGGCAGUCUCACCGACUCGUACCUGGAUGAAGGGUUUCUGCUGGACAAGAAGAUCGGUGUGAAUCAGCCCAAGAGAAUUGAGAACGCAAACAUCCUCAUCGCUAACACUGGCAUGGACACUGAUAAGAUCAAGAUCUUCGGCUCUAGGGUGCGUGUGGACUCCACAGCGAAGGUGGCAGAGAUCGAGUCUGCAGAAAAAGAGAAGAUGAAGGAGAAAGUGGAGCGCAUCCUCAAGCACGGAAUCAACUGCUUCAUCAACAGGCAGCUGAUCUAUAAUUAUCCUGAGCAGAUGUUUGCAGCGGCUGGAGUGAUGGCCAUUGAACAUGCUGAUUUCAUUGGUGUGGAACGUUUGGCUCUGGUCACAGGAGGUGAAAUCACGUCCACCUUUGAUCACCCUGAGCUGGUGAAGCUGGGUCACUGUAAGCUCAUAGAGGAGGUGAUGAUUGGAGAAGAUACACUCAUUCACUUCUCUGGAGUGGAAAUGGGUGAAGCAUGCACUAUCGUCCUGCGUGGGGCUACGCAGCAGAUUUUGGACGAGGCGGAGCGUUCUCUUCACGACGCUUUGUGUGUGCUCGCUCAGACCGUUAAAGAGCCACGUACUGUCUACGGUGGAGGAUGCUCUGAGAUGCUGAUGGCUAGAGUCGUGUCCGAUCUAGCCAACAGAACUCCAGGAAAAGAGGCCGUGGCCAUGGAGUCGUUUGCUAAAGCACUGACAAUGCUGCCCAUCAUCAUUGCAGAUAAUGCAGGAUAUGACAGUGCAGAGCUGGUGUCUCAACUGAGAGCUGCUCACCAGGACAACAAGAGCACCUUUGGCCUGGACAUGACUCAGGGCUGUAUCGGCGACAUGGCGGCUCUGGGCAUCACCGAGAGCUUUCAGGUGAAGAGACAGGUGCUGUUGAGUGCUGUGGAGGCGGCUGAGAUGAUCCUGAGAGUGGACAACAUCAUCAAAGCUGCUCCCAGGAAACGUGUUCCUGAUCAUCACCCCUGUUAAACACACACAGACAGACAUCGGCUUGUGUAUUUAUUAACAUGAAAGUCUGCCUCCUCCGGCUCUGUUCUGUGUAGUCUUUGUGUAGUCAUGUUACUGUUCACACAAUGACAGUGUGACCUUUUGUUUACGGAAUAAAACUAGUUACAACAAUC